AUGGCGGACGUCCGGUCCAAGAACCUCUAUGAGCUUCUUGGCAAUGACCCUGAAUUGGAUCCCAACAGAGAACCCGAACCCCCCACGAGGGCUCUAGAUCGCCCUGCUCCCCGUGUUGGCAAGCGUGACGUUCCCAAGGAAGCUCCCAGCCAGCCCCGUCUUUCCGAGAACAACGCUCGCCGUGGUGCUCGCGUCACCGGUAACGAGGCCGCUUUCCGUGACCGUCAGGCCGGCAGCCGCAGCAACCGCGACAAGCCCGUCGAUGAAGGCAAGGAGCCUCAGCGCCGUGCCUUCCACGCUCGUGGCGAGCGCGGUGACCGCUUCCGCAAUGACCGUCAGUCCCGCACUGGCCAGGUUGACACCCGCAAGCAGGUGAACCAGGGCUGGGGUGCUCAGUCCGGUGAGAAGGCCGGUGACAAGGCCUGGGAUGACGAGAGAGCCGCCGAGGCCAUUGCUCAGAACGAGUCCGAGCCCCAGACCCCCGCCGGUGAGGAGCCCGCCGAGCCUGCCGACAAGACCAAGUCCUAUGCCGACUACCUCGCCGAGAAGGCCGCUCAGGGUGACCUCAGCGCCAAGCCCGUCCGCUCCGCCAACGAGGGCAGCUCCGUCGACAAGAAGUGGGCUGCCGCCAAGGAGCUGAAGCGUGGUGAGGAGGAGGAGGCCUACAUCAAGGGCAAGGAGGAGAAGUCCAAGCGCGAGAAGCAGCGCAAGGAGAAGAACGUUCUUGAGGUUGACAUGCGCUUCGUCGAGGCCCCCCGUGGCGGCAACAGCAACACCCGCGGCCGUGGCGGUCGUGGUGGCCGUGGUGCUCGCGGAGGCCGUGGCGGCAACACCACUGCUCCCCGUGCUGAGCAGCAGCGCGGUGCUGCCUCCGUCACUGUUGACGAGAAGAACUUCCCCAGCCUCGGCGGCAAAUAA